GCUGUCACAGUACAGCACUGUAGCUUUGCAGGACAGUGGUAGGAGAAUCGCAACGAGAAGACAAGCACCGCCAAUUCACAUUCAAACACCAAGCCGAGUCUUGUUGUUGUUGCUAUUGUUUCACGCCUGUUUUCAUCAUGAAAGCUAUCAGUCCCGUCCGCUCGGUGAGGAGCUGCUACAAGGCCGUGUGCUGUAUUUCGGAGCAGAGUCUCACCAUCAGCCGGAAUAAACACUCGUGUCUGGAGGAGCCGGUGAGCGCCCUGUGCGACAUGAACGACUGCUACUCCAAGCUGAAGGAGCUGGUGCCGAGCAUCCCGCAAAACAAGUCGGUCAGUCAGGUGGAGAUCCUGCAGCAUGUUAUUGACUACAUCUUCGACCUGCAGAUCGCACUGGAGGCGGAGGACACAGCGACGCCGGAGAUGGUUUUGUCAAUAAAGACUGCGGACCUUACUCGCAAUUUCUCCAAAGAAGAGGGCCGGUUGUGCCACUAGGACGAGGAUGACAGAUUAUGGUGCAGGGAAACACAUGUCUCCACUUCACUCCGGGCAAGAGGACAAGAGGGGCAGAAAGGGUGGGAUAGGUAUUUGGGAGAGAAGGAGAAGAAGGAGGAGGGAGGUGGAGGGUUUAAAGAAAGAAAGAAAGAAAGAAAAGACAGAAAAAAAGUGGACUGUUUCCUAGAUGAGUGGGGAUCAACAGUAGUGAAUGAGCAAGAAAACAGAGACUCAUUCUUUGGCCCCUGGACAGACAAAUCAACACACCAAAGCAGAAGCCAGGAUUGGAAACUGAAAGCAAGUGGCUUUGUACUGCUCUCCUCCUCAAACCUGGGAUUCCCUAUAGAUAGGAGUAGAAAUAUUGGUACAUUGUUCUUUUAUUUUCCCUUUUUGUGUUGCAUUCCAAACAAAACUUUUUGGGGGGGAUAAACUCACACCCAACCUGAACACAUCACAUAUUACAUUAUCUCACAUAAUUUUCCCUGCAUUAUCCCCCUCCAAAAAAAAAAAAAAAAUCUGUUUUCUAAUGAUCUGGAGACUGUUACAACUUCAUACGAAUGUGUACAUAUCUGCUGUGGGUAUGUAAGGUGUGAGUCAAUUUGGUAUAAUCAGAACUCUAUACUAGAGUUAAUUGUAAAUGUUUGUAGGGAUUGUGUUAUUUCUACAGACAAAGUGAUGUGAGUUUCAUAAACUCUUUAUUAUAAAGUUUGCUUUGUAUGUAUGUAUGUUCUUAUGUAAUGAAAUAAAAAAAAGUGAAAUUA